AUGCAAUCGAAUUCAUCAUCGCCAUCGCCAUUAUCAUCAUUUAAUUCGAAAAAACGAUUUUCUUUAGGUUCAUUACGUAGACACAAACAACAAUCUACUACUACUACUACUCAACAAGAUCAAACACAAUCUAGUCUCCUUACUAGAAAUAAUUCAAUUAAUAAUAAAUCAACUAAAAUCAUAACAAAUGAUACUGAUUCAUCAACAAUUAAACCAGAAAAGAAUAAUAGUGGUCAUAAUAGUCAUAGAUUAUCAAAAUUAUUUAUUCGAAACAAUAACAACAACAAUGAUGAAGAAGAAGAAGGAUUUUUAGAUGAUUCAAGUACAAUAAUUACUCCCACUAUAAAAUAUUUCAAUAAUACUAUUUCUCCAUCUUCAAAUUCAAAUUCAAAUUCAAGUUUCUUCUACAAUAAGAACAAGGCCCCUACUAGUAAUAGUAGUGAUGGUAGUAGUAAUAGGAAAUUCAAAACUUCAUCCUUAUCUAAUAAAUCACCAUUAUCGAAAACAUUUAAACGAGCAUAUACUAAAGUAUUCAAGAAAUCACAAAUAAUCGAUACUAAUAAUAAUAAUAAUAAUAAUGAAAAGCCAAGAUUAGUGAUUAGGAAAACCAUGUUACAUGAUAUAUUACCAUCUGAUUCAGAUGAAAACGAAGAUAAUGAGAAACAAGAAGAGGAAAAAGCAGAAGAAGGAAUUAAUAAAGUGUCACCCAAUCAUAAUGACAACAACAACAAUAAGGACAACAAAAAAGAAGAUGAGGGAAUUGAAAACCAAAUUUGUAUACAUAAAUCAUUAAUAUUUCGUGAUGUAUUACCUACUAAUAAAUCAAAUCAUACUGCUAAUAUAACUAAAGAAAAUCAAUAUUCUGAACAUAUAACUAUUUCACCAAUUAUUAUUUUGGAUUAUAUGAAUGAUUUGAAUUUGAAAUAUCAAUAA